CGCGCGAUCACUUGCUUGUUGCGCAACCGAACCGCCAUGUCGAACGUUCUGAGGCCAUACCUCGCCGCAGUGCGAUCAACCCUGACGGCUGCGUUGACUCUGGAAGAUUUCUCGUCCCAGGUUGUGGAAAGGCACAACAAGCCGGAAGUUGAGACCAGAGGAUCGAAGGAAGUCUUGCUCAACCCAAUGACAAUAUCUCGAAACGAGAACGAGCGCGUGCUUAUUGAGCCCUCAAUCAACUCCGUGCGGAUGAGCAUCAAAAUCAAGCAAGCAGACGAAAUCGAACAGAUCUUGUGUCACAAGUUCACCAGAUUCAUGAUGCAGCGCGCAGAGAGCUUCAUCGUGCUCCGUCGAAAGCCUGUACAGGGAUACGACAUAUCCUUCCUCGUCACGAACUUCCAUACGGAGAACAUGCUCAAACACAAGAUCGUCGAUUUCAUCAUACAGUUCAUGGAAGAAGUCGACAAAGAAAUCAGCGAGAUGAAACUCAGCCUCAACGCUCGCGCGCGUGUGGUCGCGGAGUCCUACCUCACGGCUUUCAACUCCUAAUGGCCUUCAUCCCGUGGUCACAACAGACUUUAGCAUUUUCGGACCAAUGUAUGACUAUCACACGUGUAAUACACGCACUCUGCUGGCAGAAAUUCGCUGUGUGUUCC